AUGGCGCGGUGGUUGUCAUUCUUUGCGGAAUACAACUUUACGGUCGAGUACAAACCAGGACGACUUAAUUUCGUCGCUGAUGCACUCUCACGAUGUCUCGACUUUGAACCAGUCGCGAAGCCCAACAGUGAGACAGCCACUGUUGCGGUUAUGACGUCCUCAGUACCAUCUUCAACGUUGUAUGAUGAUGUGAGGCGGGCAUAUGCCCAAGAUGGUGAGAUUGUGAAGUUGUUGACACAUCUCUCCCAACCAUCUCGAAAACCGUUGAAACGAUUAUCGUCUGCGUAUCGAUCUGCAUCAGAUCGAUACACUACUCGUAACGGUUUACUGUAUACAGCCGUUUCUGGUGACACACCACGUGUUGUCAUUCCAGAUGAUACUGAUCUGCGUUUGCGGAUCAUGUUCGAGUAUCACGAUGCUCCUAUAGGAGGACAAUGUGGCCGAGAGAAAACAUAUCUCACGGUACGUCGAGACUUUUACUGGCCCCGCCAGUACCAGUUUGUGCGAAAGUAUGUUCGCGCAUGCGAAGUCUGUCAACGAGUGAAGUCAAGUCCUUCACUGCGUGCACCUUUACAGCCUCUACCGGUUCCGGCUGAGUGCUGGGAAUCCAUCUCCAUGGAUUUCGUCUUCGGGUUACCCAAAGACGCACGCGGGAAUACGGGUAUUCUCGUUUUUGUUGACAGAUUCAGCAAAAUGGUACACCUUGUGGCUGUACCAGAGACAAUCACGGCAAGUGGCUGUGCUUGUGUCUUUAUUGACACCAUCUUCCGACUUCAUGGGUUGCCCCGUGAACUCGUAUCAGACAGAGAUCCACGAUUCACUGCUGAUUUCUGGCGUUCCGUGUUCAAAUCACUCGGAACGCGCUUGAAGAUGUCAACAUCUGAUCAUCCAGAGUCAGAUGGUCAGACGGAACGUGCCAAUCGUGUCCUUGAAGAGAUACUUCGAGGAUACGUACACUCCUUUAAGAGUUGGAGUGAGUUUUUGCCAAUGGUAGAGUUUGCCAUCAACAACUCGGUGCAUGCGUCCACGACACAUACACCGUUUUACGUGAAUGGCUUGCGCCAUCCGCGUGUACCGACCUUACUAGAGUGUAACUCUGGUUUAAGGGGGGGAGGGACUCGCGCGAGCAAAAACCGAUUUAGUUCACGCUCAUCACGCUCUGACGAAGAAGUCAUUGCGUUUGAUGCCGAUAUCGAUAACAUCGAUAUCGAAGAAGAUGAUGCCAGUGAGAGUGCGGAAGCCCUCACUGAAAAAGAUGAUCCCAGUGAGAGUGCGGAAGCCCUCACUGAAAAAGAUGAUCCCAGUGAGAGUGCGGAAGCCCUCACUGAAGAAAAGGUUGUUGUCGCUGCAGUGCGCUCACAGCACACUGAAGCUAACGAGUCAUCAGAUGAGUUCAUACUGGCUCGUGAAACGGUAGUCCGUUUUGUGCAAGACUCCAUCGCCGAAGCGGUGACUUAG